AUGGCCAACUUCAAGAGAUACCAAGUAAAAUUCAGAAGACAGCAGGAGGGCAAAACUGACUACUAUGCUCAGAAACGAUUCGUAAUCCAAGACAAAAAUAAGUACAACACAUCCAAAUACAGAAUGAUCGUUCAUGUAACAAACAGAGAUAUCAUUUGUCAGACUGCUUAUGCCCAUACAGAAGGACAUAUAACAGUUUGUGCAGUUUAUGCUCAUGAACUCCCAAAGUAUGGUGUGAAGGUUGGCCUGACAAAUUAUGCUGUGCCACAUUGUACUGGCCUGCUGCUGGCCCGCAGGCUUCUGAAUAGGUUUGGUAUGGACAAAAUUUACAAUGGCCAAGUCAAGGUGACUGGAGAUGAAUACAAUGUGAAAAGUGUUGAUGGUCAACCUGGUGCCUUCACCUGUUACUUUGAUGCAGGACUUGGCAGGACUACUACUGAGAAUAGUUUCUGGGGCCCUGAAGGGAGCUGUCAAUGA